AUGUACAGGGGAGAAGGCCCCGAGGAGGAGACAGCAGCAGCAGCAGCAGAAGGCCUACCCCCAGGCAUUUCUCCUUCUGCUCCUCGCCGUGAUGAAUCCGGCAAGCAACACGAGUACCGUUCAGGUGUAUCUCGUCGUGGUUCUAUAAUAGGGUUUCACCGUGCGUUGGGUCGCCGCUACAGCAUGCGGGGUGUGGGGGAGAGCAGCAGCAUGUCAUCAGCAGCAGCAGCAGCAGCAGCAGCAGCAGCAACAGCAGCAGCAGCAGCAGCAGAGUCUCCGCGUGUAUCUGCCCCCAGCUUUAGCAGGCCUGGGUCAAGGGCCAGCAGCAGACGCAGUCUCCUCCCCCACGAAGAUGCAACGGAGACACUAAGGAGACACCUCAUGGAGACAGAUACUAAUGCCAGAGGGAUGGAUGGCCCCGAGCUGCCUAUGUUAAGGAAGACAGGCAGCGCCACGCAUGCAUCCCCUCUCAGCAUGCAUCCUAUCUCUGAGGAAAGAGCUGCGCCUUCCCCGACCCCAGACUGCCGCAACGGGGAGACCUCACCAGACACCGCAUGA